GGGGGAGGGGGGGGCCCAGGAAUCACCCCCUUGGUUAAACCUGAACGACCCCGUUUAUUGAUUGAACAGCCCGUUUCCUUCGCGUCGCCGCAAACAACACAACCACAGAUACAAUUACCGCCGCUUCUGCCUAAUUCUGCGUCUGGUUCUUCACGUCCCCAAUCUGCUUCAGGGUCAUCAACUCAUCAUUGGUCUCCUUCUGUUGGUGGUGGGGGUGGAGGUAGUACUGUUCCUCAAGUGUUGACCAUGAAGAUGGCCUCCCCUUUCUGCCGUUUCGUCUUCGUCCGGUGGGGGUGUCCGCACUUCGCUUCAUCAAGUUGAUACUGUAUCUGGGAUGAACGUCGGGGCAGGCGCGGAUCCUGAAACGACGCUCUAUCAACCUCAACCACAACAUCCACCUCAGCAAAUUUCACACCAGCAGCAACAGCAACAGAAUGAUUGGGAGUCUGGAACGCAGUUCUCGACCUCGCAAACGUUGACAUCCCCCGAGUCGCCGGUUCAGCCAGCGCAUCACAAUCAUUCACAGUCUCAACAGCCACCACAAUCGUACGGGCAGCAUGCGACGCACGGUCGGGGUCGGCAGCAGGUCCCUCCUUCGCCUCUUGUUUUGUCGUCACCUUCCCAGCAAUAUCAUAAUCCUUCAGGAUGGGUACCACCUCAACACCAAUCGCAUCAGGAAGGUGUUGGUGUUGUGCCGACGAGUGCUACUACUGCUAUAACUGAACGCGCGAGUGGAAGUGGUGGAAGUGGUGGUGGUGGUGGUGGUGGUAGCAGUGCUUUAGUAGGCAAUCUUUCGCCGUCAUCCGCGUACCAUCAUGGAUCCGGCCAUGGACAUGUGCAGGGUGUACCGACGCAUCACGCGGCUUCUGCUACUGUUGGCAGUUAUUCGAAUCCGAACGCUCCUUAUCGACAUCAACUGGGAAAUUACGGUCAUGCUAGUAGCGGCAAUUUGAAUCAUCCAAGUCAUCCACACGUUGCGUCGUGGCAGCAAAGUCAAGCAUUCCCCUCGUCUUCGUCCUUGCCCCCGGAUGCACAACUUCCCGUUCACGCGACGUUACCUACAAUUGGAAGACCUCCUCAACACACGCAGCAGCAGCAACCGUAUUAUUCUCUUCCACCACGUCAAUCGUCGUCGUCAUCAUCGUCAUUGCAACAAAGUGGACUACAGCCCCAGGCACAGCAGCAAGGCCAGUAUCAUCACUAUGGAGUGGUUGCCCAACAGCGGAUCGCUCAGACCGAAGCGCCUUAUUCCGCUACGAAGUUUUACCCGCCGAAUCAUCAGCCUCCGGCUCAGAUACCUCAUUCUUCGAUGAGUGUCAUAGGUGGUUCAGGUGUUGGUAGUUAUCCGUCGCAUGCAUCAGGGACGUAUGGCCAAUCGCACGUGAGUACACCUGUUACGACUUUUUAUCCAUCGCAGAGUCCUACCGGUGUGAGGGAGAGGCAUCCCAUUGUUCAAAUUCCACAAUUACCACCGCCAUUGGAACAACAACAACAGCAGCAGCAGCAGCUAGUUUUAUUACCACAAUCAUUGUUGCCGCCGUCUCAAUCUCAAUCUGUUCUUUCUUUUACACUCGAUUCUAUUUCUGUUCCUGUUCUUCCUGUGUCGGUUUCUCACUCUCUUCUUCCACUUCAGCAUGCGCAGGGCUAUCCACAACAAGCACAGUCGUCCCAUCAAGGAUACUUUCACCAGCAGCAACACUCUCACUCGCCCCAUCAAGGAACCCCGUAUGAUUCUCAGGAUAGCAUCCCUGCACCAACGUCGAUGUUGUAUAAUCCUCAGCAAUACCAACCGUAUCCUCAGACGGCACAUCUACCUCCGAUGCCUAUGACGGGAUCUUCGUCGUCGUCGUCUCAUGGAUUCGCAUACGAUCGGCGGUAUAGUCAACCACAGCCCUUGUAUGGGUAUGGUUCACCGGCUGGUGGUGCAGCGCCCCCGCCAGCACAUCAUCCAGCUCCACAAUCUCAAGUCCAUCGUCCUCAUGCGCCUCCACUUUAUACGCAUAGUUCGAGUAACACUGCUAGUUCAACGAGUUUGAAACGAGCGGCAUCUCCAUUUGGAGAUGAACUCAGCUCCAUGACGACUACGUCUUCAUCUACGUAUGAUGGCGUCGGCAUUGGAAGUGCGGGCAAGAGGAGGAGGUAUCCGCCUGCGACGAGCAUGAUGCUGACGGCGACACCUGCUGUGGCCCCUCAGGGUGUCUAUGGAUUUGGGGUACCGGUUUCGGGCGGAGGGAACGUUCCCGAUCCGCAUGCUGAGGCUAGGGCGAGGUUACUUUCGUGGCAACAACAGGCGGCCGCUGCUUCGGCCGGUGUUACUGGAGGUGUCGUAGGGACUGGGAGUGGUGGUAUGUAUGGGUAUCGUGGGGCGCAGAUCGUGCGGUUGCCUGCUGGUCCGAGUGGCGGUGGUCUUGGCGGUAGUGUGAUGUUGGGCGAUAAAGUUGUUCAGUCCCCAGCAUCGAUACCUUCUCAGACGGUCUCUCAAACCCAGACACCUGCAUUGGGUGAGGCCAGGCCUCCUUCGGGAAGUGGUGGUUCUAAUUUUGGUCUUGGUGUUGUGAACUUUGAGGCAAGUGGCGGACAAUUGCACUCCCAACCUUACCACCCGCAAUCGCAGUUGCAAAUGCAACAUCAGCAGCCGUUGAAAGUUAUGAACGUAGAGGAGAGGAGGAGUGCCCGUUUGAAAGCUUCCGACAGGCUGGAACCAGGUGCUAAGAAAAAGGGGGAUGAGGAAGACUCUGGAGCCGGACAAGAUCUGAGCUCGAAAAAAGAGGAAGAAGAGGAGUAUGAAGAUGAGGAGGAAGAAGAGGAAGAAGAGAGUGAUGAUGAUUAUGUUGAGGGUGCGGAAGAUCGGGUUGUGUUUACGAGACGAACUUCGUCGCGGAAGAGAGGUGGUGCUAUGAGGAGGAGGGGCGCUGGCGUUGGUGCUGGUGCUGGUGUUAGUCGGAGGACAAGGUCUAUGUCGCAUCAGGCUUAAUGCCGUUGUUCUUUCUUUGGUUAGCUUGGCAAGUAGGCUUGUUCAAGCAUGAAAAUUUUCCCAUAAACGAAAGGAAAACUUGAUUUACUCUCCCUCCAUGUUCCUUUUAUCUCCCUCUUUCCUACCUUCCGCCUUGUUAUGCAUACUAUGGUUCUGGCUGGGCAUAUGCAAUCCUUUACAACAUUCUCAACAUCUAUGGAGCACCAUCUCCCCCGCUUUCCUCAUGCGAUUCUCUCUUGCUUUACAUCUCGUUUGGUGGUUCUCCCAUUU